AUGGAUGAUGCAAAAACAGUUCAUAAAUUGACAAAAUCUACCACAAUUUUGGAUGCUGUGGGUUGGAUGGAAAGUGUUCGGAAUGAAGUAAUGCCUGAAACAAUAAGAAAUUGUUUUAUAAACUGCGGAAUUGGAAGUGCUGAUUUGACUGAAGAAACAGUUCUUGAAAGAAAAUAUGGUUCAUUUUCUGAAGAUCUCCGCCUUCAAAUGGUACAAGAGGCGAAAAAAAUGUUUUACUUUGGUUAUGACAAUUACAUGAUACAUGCAUUCCCUUUGGAUGAGUUGAACCCAAUUUUAUGUUCUGGUAGAGGGCCUGAUUAUGAUAAUCCAUCUAACAUCAAUAUAAAUGAUAUUUUGGGAGAUUAUUGCCUUACAUUAGUGGAUUCAUUGGAUACAUUGGCAAUUAUUGGAAAUGUAACAGCCUUCCAGGAAGCAGUUACAGAAGUUGUUCGUACAGUCAACUUUGAUAAAGAUAAUGUAGUCCAAGUUUUUGAAGUGAACAUCAGGAUCAUAGGUGCAUUGUUAUCUGCUCAUUUGUUGAUGAUGGACCCUAAACAACCAUUUGGAGACCUUAAGCCAUCAUGGUAUGAUGGUGAACUCUUGCAUUUAGCCCACGAUUUAGCAUCACGGUUGCUGCCUGCAUUUGAAUUAAGCCCUACAGGAAUUCCGUUUCCUAGAGUGAAUUUGAGACGUGGGCUGCCUCCUCAUAGUGUUUCAGAAACUUGCACUGCUGGUGCAGGUUCUUUGGUUUUAGAAUUUGGACUCUUGAGUCGGUUGCUUGGAGAUCCGGUUUAUGAAGGUUAUGCUCGGAGAGCCAAUAAAGUGCUGUGGAAUUCCAGAUCUAAGAGUACAGGACUCUUGGGCAAUGUAAUAGACUCAAAAUCUGGUGAAUGGUUAGGCCGUCUCAGCGGUUUAGGUGCAGGAUUGGAUUCUUUCUAUGAAUAUCUUCUGAAAUCAUACAUCAUGUUUGGUGAACCAGAUGAUUACAAAAUGUUUUCUGAAGCAUAUAAUACCAUCAAAAUGUAUAUGAGGCGAGGGAGACCACAUUGCAACAAAGGGUCAGGUGAUCACCCACUAUAUGUGAAUGUUGACAUGCUGAGUGGUGCAGUGCAUACAUCCUGGAUUGACUCCUUACAGGCAGCCUUUGCUGGAAUCCAGGUUCUUCAUGGUGAUGUAGAGGAAGCAAUUUGUGUUCAUGCAUUGUAUUAUGCUUUAUGGAAAGUUUAUGGUGUGUUACCUGAACGGUGGGACUGGCAAAGACUUUCUGCAGAUGUUGCUUUUUAUCCACUUCGUCCUGAAUUAGUAGAAUCUACUUAUUUAUUGUAUCAGGCUACAAAGAGCCCAUUUUAUCUCCACGUUGGCCGAGAAAUUUUGGAAAGUCUGAAUAAUUAUACAAGAACAAAAUGUGGUUAUGCAACCGUACACAGUGUCGUUGAUAAAAGUCUGGAAGAUAGAAUGGAGAGCUUCUUCUUGAGUGAAACGUGCAAGUACUUGUACCUGCUUUUCGAUAAAGACAAUUAUGUCAAUAAACACUUUGGCCGCUUUGUGUUCAGUACAGAGGGGCAUUUAUUUCCUAUUGAUGCCGUCUUCCGUAAUAAAAUUUGGCAGAAUGGAGGUGGUCCCAAUGUUGAUUAUGUAACAAAUGCUACUUGUGAAGCUGUGGAUGCAGAAAGGACAUAUUUUCUUCCAAUUAAGAGCAGAUAUCUGGUGCAAAUCAGUAAAACUCUUGGUCUCCAGGAAUACUAGUUAUAAAGUUUAUAAUACCUCUUUGGAUUUUAAUAUUAGGAGUGAAUCAUUUCACUUUUGUAAUAGAAUAAAUAAGCAAUAUUUUGUCUCUCAGAUGUUGUUAUUGAAGCAUUUAUAAAUGUACAAACCAAAUAAAAUGUAAAGUGUUAGGAAAUUAUUUUUCUAUUUCAUAUGUUAUUAAGAAAGAGUUUGGUAUUAUAUUUAUGAUUAGAAAAUACUAUUACUGCAAUAUUACACUUGGUUGCAGGGACAGAGUUCUUAGGAAAUAAUGCACAUCACUCUCGAUUAAAUUUGGAGUAGAGAAUAUGUGAUUUAGCACCAUUGUAACAAUGAAAUUUUUUAGAGAUGUGCUUUUCCAAUUGUUCAAAACAAACAAGUGAAAUCUUCCAGGACGAAAUUAGACAAUUUUCAAGUGCCUUUUGUAUCGGAAAUGGAAAAGUGAAUAAUAUUUUGUAAAAUAAAAAAUCAAAAAAUGAGUAUUUUUAUGAAAAAUUCAGCAUGUUUUUGAUAUUUAUUACAUCCAAUCAAAGAUUAUUGAGAAUCAUGUAAGUAUAUUGUAAUCUUUAAAGAGAACUGAAAAUAUUUCUAAAAAUUUUGGAGAUUGAAUUUUGUGCAUGUGUGUGAAUAUUGUUCAGUUUGCAUGCAUUUGUAGAUACUCUAGCAGCAAAUUGGAAGAUGGCUUGACACUAGUAAUGCAACAUUGACAAGAAACAAUCGAUGUUCAAAAUCAAAACAUUAAUGUUAAUACAUCGGUCAAAACCCAACGAUGUUUUUAAACAUCCGUUUUAAAGUUGGUUUAGUAACCUCUAACUUUCUCGUACUUUAAAUUUGUGCGCAAGAAAAUUUAAUUGAAAACGGCCAUGCUUACUCAUUUAUAAUUAAAAUUUAACUGAAAACAAAGUUACACAUCAUCUCACCAUGUGCAAAAUACAGGAAAGACGAGGCCAUCAGAGUCUUCUCGAGUAAGGGAUGGUGGUCUGUUAGAUGAAGAUAGAACAAACCGAUUUUGUUUCGAUCAAAUACAAACAGAUAUUUUUACUAUCAGUUAUGAUUUAUUGUUUUAACUUUUACAAAAUUGUGAUUAUGGACAUCUUUCAUCCAUGAAUACACAUCGAUGUUUUGAAAACAUUAACAGUGAUGUCACAUCCCUGCUUGACACAUUCUGAAAAUAAGAUGUUUAUUCUUUGACUUUCUUUCCUCUAUAGUAUCCUUAGAAAUUUUUGCCGUGAAUACUGGGUAACUGCAAAUGUCUGUGCACCAAAAGACAUCAUCAUAUGCACCCUGAACAAGAAUAUAAAAAUGUUUGUGCAAUAAAUUAAUCAGAAUGCAG